AUGGCCGAUUGGAUGGGGCGCGGCGCGCAAUGCGGCGUGCACGAGACGUAUCGACUGCACGGAGAGUUUGAUUUUGAGUGCCACGAACGGUUCGCAGCGCUCCUGGGUUUGGGAAAGCGGCGCGAAGAGCCCAUCGCGCCCAAGGUCAACAUCGCUGACGAUGAGGCCCAGAUCGAGAACGAGGAGAAGACCAAGGCUGUCGAGCACUCCACGCCCAACCUGCCCGGUAUCGCCGCUCUUCGAGCCGAGGUGAGGGCAUCCAGCGAGCGCGUGAAGCUGUGUAAGGGCGGCGCCUCUUUCGUGGAGGUGGUACGCACGCGAAGGGACGACGGUCGGGAAGGCAGCAGGACGGUUCGGGUCGAGGUUUCCAAUAACGACCCCCGGAGAUCGCGCGGCGGGGCGGACGCCGGUGACUUUGAGACGAUCAAACAUCGGCUCGACGAGCACCUGACGGAUCACGUCCAAAGACUGAGCGCCGAGAGGGAGCGCACGUACGCGCGGAAGGUGCGGGCCCUGGAAGAGGUGUUCCUGAACGGCGAUUCCCGCGCGAAGCGACUGGAUCCCGUCGAGUGGCGACUGGAGUGCGAGAGGCGGAGGCUGAAGGACUCCAUCGAGGCGCUCGACACGCACCCGUGGUACGCGAGGAUACUGAAGACCGUCGGCACGUCGGAGAGCGCGGCCUAUUUCUUGUCCAAGCCCGGUGGCGCCGGCGCGGGGGGCAUCGGCGAGUCGGUCCCCGGCGGAUUCGGUUCCGCGGGCGCCAACAACAGGGGGUUCGCUCGAAGGGAGCCCAACAGGGCGGAACUGGUCGUCGGCGUGGCGGUGAGGGACGUGGUCGAGAGCGGGAGGAUGUUCGAUCGCGACGAGUUCUUCGCCAUGUGCGCCAGGCUCGAUCCGAAGGAUCUAUCUCGAGGUGAGCGAAUGAGGAGUACGAGGACCGGGUGA